AUGACAACCACAGAACCUAACGCAAAAACGUCACCAUUCCUUUCGCUUUUUCACCGUAAGAAACGCGUGAAUGGCACGAAAUCAAGUGACGAUUUGAAGGCUGCGCUUGGACCACCAAAGGAACAGGCUCGUACUAGUGUGAAUGAGAAGAAAACGACAGUGAAAAAACACGAUUCAACUACACUUCCUGCAGUAUUGGAUGUGAAGAAGAAAAAGCAUAAACCUGUGUGGGAACAGACAAAGUCUCAAUCAUUCGAUGUACUCCUUGAAGAGGAUCCAGCAGCACUUGUAGAAGCACUGGAAACUAUAGCAUCAGAGCAGCCAAUUGUUGCUCGAAGCAUUCCAAAACAUGCAAAAAUCACAAAGAAGGAGGAUAAAAGCAUGAGAAAUUGUUUGUUCGAGCAAGAGGUGUACGACUCAAUGCUGUUCGAUUCGCUUCGUGUUUGCGAUCUUUUACAGACUCACCUGGAUGAAUGCAUUAGUUCGGUGAGAGCGAAAAGUCCGGAGAACUGCUUGGACACCUCGCAGGAUGGCAGAGAUUCCGGACGAGGAGCCUCAUCAGCAUCCUCGACGAUCUCAAGUAGUCCAGGAACAAAACGACCGUUAAAAUCAUGCAUUCGAGCCGAUCUGUAA